UGCAGAGGCCGUAUUACUACUGCGCUCGACGAUACCGAUGUGCAUGUAGUCAAUGUUCACAACCAUCAACCCAAUGCAGAAAUUGUCCCGAAACGACGAGUGCGUACAAUGCUGCGAAAAUUGGCUGAAAGAGGAGAAAUGCCUCAAAGUGAGAUAUUAAAGAAAAUUCAAGAUAUGGAAGUUGCCUUUGGUCGUAGCCGAGAACAAGAAAAUGCAAAAGGUUAUGCUGCAGAACGACGAUAUAUAAGUCGCCACAUGAAACUAAAGAGCCAAUCGACUGGCAGCGAAUCUUCAUCUCCCAAAAUGCCUAAAUAUUCUAAUUACGCAAUAAGGAGCAUGGGAAAUAAGGAAGCUAAUGUCAAUGAAAAUGAAUUGAAUAACAAAGUUAGUAAAGAUUCAGACUCUAAAUUAGAGCAGGGGGCAACAAAGAGUGAUGUGAAUGUGCCGUCGAAAUCAGGGGGGGAAAUUCCAGAUAAAAUGAACGUUUUUGCUCAAAUAGAUUCAAAUGCAAAUAAUCACGAGGUGUCAUUAGAGGACAAGAAAGCCUUGCAAGAGGAGUCCGAAAAAAAACUAAUGAAGAUUCUUCUGCGCAUAGAAUGCUCAGAUGACGAAGUCGAUUCGCUGAUGACUGAAAAUAACGGAAAUACCGCAGAUUCGCGUCAAAUUUCUUCCUCUGCUUCGAAAAAGCAUGAACACUCAGCAUCAAACUCGAAACAGUUUGGAACUGGUUGUACUAAAAAUGAAUCUCCUAUGUCUCACGUUGAUAAGUGUGCUUUACGUGGUUUGAUAACGGAUGAAAUAGCAGAUAUCAUGUACAAGCGCUUGUGGCCUGAUGGUUUCACGCAUAUUACCAAAUUAGAGUUCAUGCGUGAUGUCAUAGACAAGAUUCUGGAUUCUUGA